AUGACUGCCUUCCGUACUGCAACAUCGACCGCGCUGCUCCAACUUCUACCGUUACCGCUGCAACAUUCCGUAAAAAUUAACGCAUUCUUUUUCUUUUACUGUUUCUUUGGCCUUGGUGCUCGCGUGUACGCACGUUGGCAGGCGAUUGUCCAGUCAACCGUCCAAUCAAUAUCCACGCGCGCCAAUUGGUCGAGGGCCGUCGCGGACUUACGUGCAUCACGCCGUUGGGGUGUGGGACGGUGCGAGCGCUUCUUGCGUGAAUCCUUCAAGCUCACUCACCACCACACAUCCACAGCAGCCGCGUACAAUGCCCUGGAAUGGGUGACGGAGUUGCAGCGGCUGUGGGACGGAGUGACAGUAACACUGCUUUUUAUCCACCGCCAAUCCAUUGUUUCACAGCCCUCUCCUUAUCAAACGGUUCUGUUGUAG